AUGGCCGAUCUAUGGAGCGAUUUCACUCAGCAACCGAUCCUUGCCAUCCAUUCAGGCACAUGGGCCAAUGUUAUUGCCGAAUCGACACGCUGUCUUCAACAUUGCAUGCAACAACAACUCACACACCUUGACAACCGAGCAAGAGCUUUGGCUAUCAGUGGCAACUUUGAAGCGGCCUUGAAAGAUGCUGCUAGGAUACAACAACUUUUUCCUUCUUCGGCUGGUGGCUAUUUAUGUGCUGGUCACGUGUAUUCACUUCAAGGACGGCAAAAGGUGGCGAUUGCUAUUUAUGAUCAGGGGUUGGCUGCUGCUCCAUUAUCGGAUCCUUUUCGCCAAUUGUUGAUUCAAGCACGAUCGAUAGCGCAAGAACGUGAUAGCAAAAGAAUCGAUUUCAUCAAAAAGCUCCCUUUGGAGAUCAUUACGAAUGUUGCAUCAAGGUUCAUGUCUGGAGAUGAUAUACCAGAGAGUUGCAUUCGAGAAUAUCUUUGUGUCUCACGACUUUGGCGGAGGAGGUUAUCACGCGGUGUUCGAGAUUUGCAUAUAGACGCCAUCGUCGAUGAUGACAGCUUUCUGGAGGAUUGUUUCUUUUUUCGUCUCGUUGGACCCUCUUGUACCUCCCUUAAGCUUGACACUAAUGCUUUUUGGUUACGCGAGCUCAUGGAAAGUAGACUACGGUUUCCAUCGUUACGGGCCUUGAGUGUAAGCCAUAUAGGAUUCCCUGAUAUGUGUGGCUUUACAGCAGUUGAGGAUGAUGAGGAUCAAGAUUAUGCUCGGCGUAUCGUCGUGGACUCCAUUGUAUCUUUUCGAGCAAGUAGAACAUUGACCCACUUGACACUAUUGGUUGGGAAAGAAUGCGACAUUCCCCUUGGCAAAAUUCUCAGCACCUGCCCAAACCUUGUUGAUUUGCAAACCAGUUGGAUUGAUAUGAGUAUGUCUACUGCACCCACAUGCUGCCCCAAUCUGAAAUCGUUAUCGUUUAUGUUCGGCGUCAGGGAGGAUCGUGACUAUGGCAUGGAUGAUAUCACCAAGAGACUGCCUGGAUUGGAAAGGCUCAUGGCUUCGCCUUUUUAUUAUGCAAAAGAUUUGAGGAUUAUCCAAAACAACUGCCCAAAACUCAGCGUCAUUGGUAGCCACGAUGGUCUUGGUUUCCCCAAAUGCGAUCACAAACUGCCACUGGAUGACCCCACUACGCUCGGUGUGCGUACAUUUUACGUGAAGGGUCUUGAUGAGGAUUACUCUAGGGAUCAGGAUCUCGGCAAUUGGGAACACGUGAUGGAAUUCAUGCAACGAAACAGGCACACGUUGCAAGACGUACACUUUUCCACGUGGCUUCCUUUCAAUGAACAACCUCGUCACGCUGCUGUCACUGCUAAUAGAAAUGCUGGCACACUCAACCGGGUGACAAGUUAUACGCAACAAAUACAAUUACAGGAGCAUCUACGCAUGGCCAGAAUGGUUGCACAGAAAUCACCUCAUUUGAAGACAUUCGAUUUAUCCUCGCGUUACCGUUUUCUUGCCAAUGAUGUGGGUGCACUAUUUGAUGAUCUCGCCAGUCAUUGCGAACUUGAAUCGGUUAUUGUCAAAUUGGAGAGUAAUGAUCCUUUGAUGGAUAUGGGAGGCAUUGAGCGCUUUAUUCAACAUCACAGCAGGAUUGAUUCGCAACUACACACGUUGAUACUUCCAUAUAACGCACGCCUAUCCAAUGAUGCGCUGGACACAUUGACAGCACUGCCACAGCUCAAAACCUUGGGAUUUAGUUUGCCUUUGGUGCAAGGUGAAGAUGCUGAUGGUGCAAAUAUUUCACGCUUCAUUCAAAAGCUGGGGUCAGGAUGUCCGCAAUUACAACGCCUAGAGCUACGCAGCAAGGAUCCAAUACCUGACAUCGUCUUUGUAGAGCUGUCCAAGCUAAAGAUCAAGUCGCUUCAUUUGACCAUGCUAUAUCUCUCAACCCACAGCACGCUGCCAGCAAGUAUGUUGGCUCUACUAGACUGCCCACAGUUACAAGAUCUACGACUUGAGCCUAGUUGGCAAACAACAAAGGAUUCUAACAAUGAGUAUAUUAUCGGAGCACUAGUCUUGCAAGAACAAGUAUGUACCAUGGAACAUUCCUUGUCUUAG